AUGUCUGGAGAAUAUAGCGCAGUUCGAGGUGGUGGUAUAAAACUGAAAGGAAAAAAGAAAUCGUUGUUCAAAGUCGACAAAAACAAGGCGGAUAAGAAACGAAAUAAAAAUGAUGACAAAGAUAAAGUGGAUCCAGACACAAAAAGCAAUGGUGGAUGGCGACAAAUUGAAAAUGAAUUUGAUAUGAAAGGAGGAAUCAGUGUUGCUUUCGAAGCGGGUUCGAGUAGAUGUUAUAUUUCUGCAAUGGAUAAUGGAAAAUUCACAUUGGGUGGACCGCAUGCAGAAGGAGAAGGACCGAAUCCGGAAGAGAUUUUUGCACUUGUCAAAACUCCCGAUGAUAGUAAAGUCAGUUUAAAAACAGGAUAUGGAAGAUAUGUUGGAGUUGACAGUGAAUAUCAAUUAAUUGCUAUGGCUGAAGCAAUCGGAGUUCGCGAACAAUUUCAAUUUGUAUUCCAAGAUGGAAAAUCAGCAAUUCAAGCUGUUGCGUCUCCUCUUUUCCUAUCCGCGCAGCCAAGCAAAGAAGGUUAUAUUUAUGUAGCAAGUCGAACUGCUAGUCAAAAUGAGAUGAUUCAAAUUCGAACAGAUGCAAUUAAAGAGGGUCCUGCAGAUUGGAGAUCUGAAGAAGAUCGAAAAAAUGCGAAGGAUUGUGAAACUGCUUAUGUGUGAGUUUUUUGUUGAAAUGUUUUUUUCUUUAAAGAAAUGGGUUUAGGAAAUGUCACGUUUUCUUAAAUUCAUAAUCCAUAAUCGUUAUGAUUUUUAAAAAGUUUUAAAAAACAAGAGUCUUAAUUUUCCAGAAAAAUGUUCCAACACUCGAAAGUUGACCUGAAGGGUCGACACAUUUCGGUUGAUCUCAAAGAUCGAAAAUCAGUCAAAAAGGCCCAAGCAGAAGGAAAUGCUCACGAACUUUUGUUGAAUCGAAGAGUUAAAACAAAAUCCGAUCGAUAUUGCUAA